AUGGAUAUAGACAUUGAUUUACCAACAUGUAUACAAGCCAGAUUUAAGUCUGAAACAGGCGAAGAAACCGGAAGCCCUUUGGAUUUGCCCUUAAAUAUUACAAAGGAUCAACUUAGUCUUAUUUGCAAUGCUCUAUUACAAGAGGAAGAUAAACCCUUUUUGUUUUUCGUAAAUGAAACAGAAAUAAUUACAACGCUCAAAGACGCUCUUGAUUGCAAUAAAUUGAAUUCAGAGGUGGUUGUCGAUAUAAUUUAUCAACAACAAGCUGUCUUCAAAGUUAGACCAGUGACCAGAUGUACCAGUUCAAUACCAGGUCAUGCAGAGGCAGUUAUUUCGACAAACUUCAGUCCAUGCGGUAAACAUUUAGCUAGUGGAUCGGGUGACACCACUGUUAGGUUUUGGGAUAUUAAUACUCAAACUCCUUUGCAUGUAUGUAAAGGGCACACCAACUGGGUUCUAUGUAUUAGUUGGUCACCUGACGGUUUAAAGCUAGCAUCAGCAUGCAAACAAGGCCGUAUUAUGCUGUGGGACCCCAUUACAGGCAAUCAAGUUGGUAAAACUAUGAUAGGUCACAAACAAUGGAUAACAGCUUUAGCCUGGGAACCAUACUUGAGAAAUCCAGAGUGUCGAAAACUGGCAAGCUCAUCGAAAGAUGGAGAUUGUAGAAUAUGGGAUACAUUAACAGGAAAUACCAUACUAAAUUUAAGUGGUCAUUCUAAAGCAGUUACGGGUGUCAAGUGGGGAGGCACUGGCCUUAUAUACACAUCUUCCCAGGAUAGGACUAUAAAGGUGUGGAGAGCUGAAGAUGGAAUUCUCUGCAGAACUUUAGAAGGCCAUGCUCAUUGGGUGAACACUAUGGCUUUGAGUACCGAUUACAUACUGCGCACAGGACCAUUUCAUCCAAUUCUUGACAAGAAAGACCCUUCUGAUGACAAAAAAAUACUUCAGCAAAGGGCAUUGGAAAGGUAUGAGCAGACAUGCCAACAGAAUUCGGAGCGUCUUGUGUCUGGAUCGGAUGACUUCACAUUGUUCCUUUGGAUACCAGAAAAGGAAAAACGUCCAUUGGCAAGAAUGACAGGACAUCAGCAGUUGAUUAAUGAUGUGAAAUUUUCUCCAGAUUCACGGGUCAUAGCAUCGGCGUCUUUUGACAAAUCAGUGAAACUAUGGGAAGCCGCCACUGGUAAAUUUAUAACGACAUUGAGAGGCCAUGUACAGGCAGUAUACAUGGUGGCUUGGUCUGCUGAUUCACGACUUCUAUUAAGCUCUAGUGCCGAUUCAACUUUGAAGGUAUGGAACAUGAAAACAAAAAAAUUGGAGUUGGACCUCCCUGGCCAUGCUGAUGAAGUAUAUGCUGUUGAUUGGUCACCAGAUGGCGCUUAUGUUGCAUCAGGUGGCAAAGAUAAAGUAUUAAAAUUGUGGCAACAUUGA